ACCGUAACAAGUGUCAACACUGAGCUGGGCAGGAAGCCGCGCGUCUUCCGUGUUGGAACAUGACGGUGAGCUAGGACUCUCCACUAAAGUGCUGGGACAUCAAACUCGGCAGUUUUCACGUUCCAAACACUGAGAGAUGGACAGUCACACGAGGGCUCGACCGUGGGGGAAGUUGGUCAGAGUGGAUUGCAGUGAAGCCGAAGUGCUGCUUUUCAACAAGGAAUGCACCGUUGGCCGGAAAAAAGGGUGUGAUCUGGCGUUCCCUGCCAACAAACUGGUCUCAGGCGAGCACUGCAAGAUUGUGCAGGAUGAAAACUCUGGUCAAGUGUUGCUUGAAGAUAUGAGCACCAAUGGCACAGUGAUCAACAUGGCUAAACUGGUCAAGAAACAAACUCACUUGCUUCAAAAUGGCGACGUGAUCUACUUUGUAUACAGGAAAAAUGAGCCUGAACAAAACAUUGCCUAUGUUUACCACUCAAUCCAAACAGAGCAGGAGAUUUCACAGGAUAGCUUGGACAUGUCAGCCCACAGUCCUGUUCCUGUCACGUCCUCCGAGAUGAUGCUUUCUGUGGAACCUGUCAUGCUCUCAAAGGCUCCUCUGGAUCUCACUCAGGAAGAACCUCAGCCGUCCACCUCAACUUCACAUAUCUGUAUUCAACAACCUUUCACACCAAACUCAGGCCAAAUCAGAGACGAGGCCCUAACACGAGAGAAAGCGCUCGACGAUGUGGAGCCGGAAUGCAAGAGAAGGAAAAUUGACAAAGACGCUGUAUCACAUGCCUCAAGCACAGCGGUUGUUGAGAAUGCAAAGAGAGACAAGAUGGAGGAAUCUCUCACUUGUAUUAUUUGCCAGGACCUCCUGCAUGAUUGUGUCAGCUUGCAACCCUGCAUGCACACAUUCUGUGCUGCCUGCUACUCGGGGUGGAUGGAGCGCUCCUCUCUUUGUCCUACGUGCCGCUGCCCCGUGGAUAGGAUCCGCAAGAACCACAUCCUUAACAACCUGGUGGAGGCCUACCUCAUCCAGCACCCUGAGAAGUGUCGCAGUGACGAGGACCUGAAGAGCAUGGACAGCCGCAACAAGAUCACUCAGGACAUGUUGCAACCAAAAGUUGAGCGCUGUUUUUCUGACGAAGAGGGCAGUUCAGAUUACCUUUUUGAUCUCUCUGACAAUGACAGCGACAACUCGGACAUUAGUCAGCCUCUGGUGAUGUGCAGACAGUGUCCUGGCUACAGGAAGGAGCUCAGUCAGAUGCUGUUUGCGACAGGCUCAAACUACUGGGUUCCGGCUCUGCCAGCACCAUCAUCUAUGCCUCCUCUUCCACCUCCAUUCAAACUACCGGUAAACACCAAUGAAGGUUCUGCAAAGCCUAAAGGGGAAGAGCCCUCAACAUCUUCGGACACCCUACCAGAUUCUCAGGAGUACCGCUGCCCUCCUCAAGGCUGCCAUCUUAUCUGCGCCUGCUGUUUGCAGCCGAUGCCGGACAGACGGGCCGAGCUGGUCAGUCAGCAGCAAUGUAUGCAGUGCCAUCGUUCUUUCUGUCACAUUUAUUGGGGAUGUCCGAGGAUUGGCUGUCAAGGCUGCCUGGCUCGAUUCAGUGAGCUUAACCUGACUGAUAAAUGUCUGGACGGUGUGCUGAACAACAAUAACUACGAAUCAGAGAUCCUCAAGAACUACUUGUCUUCCAGAGGGAAGACCUGGAUGGAUCUGCUCAAGGAGGCUGUUCAUGACAUAGAACAGGGGAAGUAUUGCCUUUCAGAUCGUCGUAUCUCCGCCAAUACCAUCCUGUGUGUGUGUUGUGGCCUGAUGGUCUUCAAGGAGAUGGCCUACAAGUACAGACAGAAUAUCCCUGCGUCUGAUCUACCAGCUGCAGUAUUGUCUCGUCCCGACUGCUACUGGGGGCGCAACUGUCGUACACAAGUGAAGGCCCACCAUGCAACGAAAUUCAACCACAUAUGUGAGCAGACCCGUUUCAAGAGCUGAGCCAACAAAGGCGUCUGCUGGGCUCGCAACACAAUGGAGACCCAAUCUCACCUGGUUGUGGUGACUAAUAGUCCCCUAUUAUUAUUUACUCUCACACGAAACCAAUAGUGAACUCUUCCACAGCAUUGGGCUGAAUCAAGUAGUGCUAGUAUGCACUUUAUAGCUCAAACAAAAACAUUCUCGCCAACUUUUGAUAUAUAUUUUUGUAAACUUUACUUUGCUGUUUUGAUCUAGGCAGACUGUGUUAUGAAUAGUUUGGGAUGUAACUUAGUGCAAUAAUUUAGGGAUUCCUUCAUGCAUAUUUUAGUUGUAUGCAUGUUAAAGAAUUAUUAAUAAAUAUUGAUACUCGUUAGAUGCGUUUUGGGCAAGAUACAAACCGUAUUUUUCGGAGUAUAAGUCGCACCGGCCGAAAAUGCAUAAUAAAGAAGGAAAAAAACAUAAGUCGCACUGGAGUAUAAGUCGCAUUUUUGGGGGAAAUGUAUUUGAUAAAAGGCAAGACCAAGAAUAGACAUUUGAAAGGCAAUUUAGAAUAAAUCAAGAAUAGUGAACAACAGGCUGAAUAAGUGUACGUUAUAUGAGGCAUAAAUAACCAACUGGUAUGUUAACGUAACAUAUUAUGGUAAGAGUCAUUCAAAUAACUAUAACAUAUAGAACAUGCUAUACGUUUACCAAACAAUCUGUCACUCCUAAUCGCUAAAUCCCAUGAAAUCUUAUACGUCUAGUCUCUUACGUGAAUGAGAUCAAUAAUAUUAUAAUGUGUUAAUAAUUUCACACAUAAGUCGCUCCUGAGUAUAAGUCGCACCCCCGGCCAAACUAUGAAAAAAAACUGCGACUUAUAGUCCGAAAAAUACGGAACUUACCAUAAAUGUUUUGUGGAGGCAUCAGUGAGAUGAACGUGUGCCUCUGCUGUACUUUUUACUCUGCAUAAUUAUCCGGAUGUAACGCUUCAGAGCAAAGGCAAAAUUGUUGCGAUCAAAUAAUGCUAAUAAUCACUUCCAUUUCCUUUGCUGAACACAUCAACAAGUACAAUCAAUAAGAAUGGAGGCUAUCCUAAAUGGCACAGUAGUGUUUCCCACAGGACUGCAAUCUGUUUAAAUAAAAGCUGGGUGACGUUAAAUUAGCACUGUCGCUAAAUAUGACUUCUGCUUGUCAGAGGCUGGGCUGCACACUUCCAUGCCUCACCUUUUCACAGUUGAGGUAAUGCACUUGUGGAGGUGAACGUAAGCACAAUGCAAGAAACACUUCCUGUCUUUCCCUUGUAAUGUGUGGGAAUUCUGUACCAAAAUGGAAAAUGCACUAGCGAAAAAAUUUAAAUUUAAAUUGCACCCCAAAUAUCUAGAUUGGUCUCAAAGUUUCAAUCAAAGUUUACUUAUAUAGCCCUUAAUCACAAGUGUCUCAAAGGGCUGCACAAGCUACGACGACGUCCUCGGCUCAGAUUCCACAUCAGGGCAAGGAAAAACCUUGUCUCAAUACUUGCUAUACAGGUAAA